AUGAAUUCCAGAGAAAUACAUAUUGCUGUUCUGGACACAGACAUUCCAUGCUAUCGUGUUUACGUUGAACGAGGAUUGUACAGUUCGCAAUUCAACUCUCUUCUCACUGCCGCCGCAAGUCGCAUCAAUGAAAGGAAGUCCCAAUGCUUUAAAACGCCGCUAGGCGUUCGUGUUUCCGCGUUCGACAUUGUCGGGGGCCUAUACCCGCAUCUUGCGUUGCUGCGAGUCAGCCCCUGGGUUUCCACAGAAAUCACAUCCAUCACUUACCCGGGUCCUAGUGAUGCACUUCUGGUCACCGGUGCUGCCGCUGCCGUAUACGAUAGUCUACACUGGAUUGCACGAUUGCGAUCUUUCAUUGAGAAAGUGUAUUACGACUACCCUCUGGUCAAAAUAUUCGGAUCGUGCUUUGGUCAUCAACUUAUAGGACAAGCACUCCUCGCAAGUGACACGAGCCAUACAUCGAAAGGAUCUUCGUUCAAGAUAUCCGUCGAGGCUACAUCUCAAGGUCACGAAAUCGGCAUGCAUCCCAUCACACUGAAUCCCUCCUUUGUUUCGCACUUUCCGUCUCUGGCUCGAUUUUCUCCAACAAAAUCUUUUAACAUCCAGCUUAUUCAUGGGGAUGCGGUGAUAUCUCGGCCUGAACAUCUAGCAUCUCCAGGGUGCACAGGUGAUAUGUUACCUGAGCCGUGGCUCAAUGUUGGAAGAAGCCCUAAAUGCCCGAUUCAAGGCCUCUACAACCCGGGUCGCGUUCUUACAUUGCAAGGACAUUUUGAAUUUGAUGCAUUUGCUACUGCUGAGCUAUGUUACAAUUUUGCUAACAAAUUUGGCUGGUCUCAAGAACUGCUAGACUCGCAUUUGGAAAAUAUCAGGCGCUUGGUGUUGUCGGGCAGAGAGGAUGAUGAUUCAAAGGUAGCGGCUGAAGCGGUUCUAUUAUUUUUCGCUGGAGAGGACAAUCCAAUCGAUACAUAG